GCCCCGUAGCCGCGCGCCCCGCCGAGCCGGCGCCAAGAUGGCGGCGCUGACGAGCGUAGAGUGGCCGCGCCGGGGACCGCGGGGGCCAAAGCCGAGCCUCCGCGGCUGAGCCCCUGAGCCGCCCUCGAGGCAGGCGCCCGGUCGCCGGGGCCCGGGACAUGGUGCGAUCCGCGCCGCGCCGCCGCCGCCGCUGCCUCUGCUGCCGCUGAACUCGGGAGCCGCGCCGGGCUCGAACGUGGGAGCGGGAAGAUGUUUUCCGCGCUCAAGAAGCUGGUGGGGUCGGAGCAGGCUCCGGGCCGCGACAAGAACAUCCCGGCCGGGCUGCAGUCCAUGAACCAGGCGCUGCAGAGGCGCUUCGCCAAGGGGGUGCAGUACAACAUGAAGAUCGUGAUCCGAGGGGACAGGAACACGGGCAAGACAGCCUUGUGGCACCGGCUGCAGGGCAAGAAGUUCGUGGAGGAGUACAUCCCCACACAGGAGAUCCAGGUCACCAGCAUCCACUGGAGCUACAAAACCACUGAUGAUAUCGUGAAAGUUGAAGUCUGGGAUGUAGUUGACAAAGGAAAAUGCAAGAAGCGAGGCGAUGCCUUGAAGAUGGAGAAUGACCCCCAGGAGGCGGAGUCUGAGAUGGCCCUGGAUGCCGAGUUCCUGGACGUGUACAAGAACUGCAACGGGGUGGUCAUGAUGUUCGACAUCACCAAGCAGUGGACCUUCAACUACAUUCUCCGGGAGCUUCCCAAAGUGCCGACACACGUGCCUGUGUGCGUGCUGGGCAACUACCGCGACAUGGGCGAGCACCGCGUCAUCCUGCCCGACGACGUGCGAGACUGCAUCGACAACCUGGACAGGCCCCCAGGGUCUUCUUACUUCCGCUACGCCGAGUCCUCCAUGAAGAACAGCUUCGGUCUCAAGUACCUGCACAGGUUCUUCAAUAUCCCAUUCCUGCAGCUUCAGAGAGAGACGCUGCUGCGGCAGCUGGAGACGAACCAGCUGGACAUCGAUGCCACGCUGGAGGAGUUGUCCGUGCAGCAGGAGACCGAGGACCAGAACUACGACAUCUUCCUCGAGAUGAUGGAGGCACGCAGCCGUGGCCACGCGUCCCCGCUGGCCACCAACGGGCAGAGUCCGUCCUCGGGCUCCCCGUCUCCUGUGGUGCCUCUGAGCGCAGUGCCCACGGGGAGCUCCAGCCCCAGCACGCCCCAGCCGGCUCCGCAGCCGCCCCUCCAGGCCCCCUCGGCUUGCCCGGGGCCCCCCUCCCCCUCGGAGGCGCCGCCAGCCCCUGCACACCCCCUGGUCCCCGCCGCACCCCCGCGGCGCAGCAUCAUCUCGCGGCUGUUCGGGACCUCGCCGGCGGCCGAGGUGACCCCUUCGCCCCCAGAGCCGGCCCCAGCUUCAGAGGCCCCGGCAAGAGUCCAGAACGUGGAGGACUUUGUUCCUGACGACAGUCUUGACCGCAGCUUCCUGGAGGACGCAGCCUCCCUGAAGGAUGAAAAGGAAGUUGGAGCCACGGCCCCGCAGGACAGCGACAGUGACCUCCUUGGGCUGACGCCACUUGAGAGCAUUGGCCGGGUGGAAGGAGGAACCCUGGGGCCAAAGAGCCGCUGUCAACUUCUCCGCCAGGGGCUGGCCGGUCAGGGCCGCACGGGGGAGGCUCGAGGCCCGGCGCACACUCUCCCUUCCCGGUGUGAGCCCGACCCACCUCACGCCUGCUCUCCUGUCGACCUCUGCCACAGCUCUGCUGCAAUGUGUGAUGGGGAGGCCCCAGGAGGGAACCCAAUGGUGGCGGGUUUCCAGGACGACGUGGACCUUGAAGAUAAGCCGCCUAGUAGGUCCCUGCCACCCACGGGCCCCAUCCCCAGGGAGCACAUCACUCUGUCCAGCGAGGAGGAAGCAGAGGCGGCGGCAGGGCGCCACGAGGCCUCCGUCCUGGCCCCCCAGAAGUGCUCUGAACCAGGGACCAAACAUUCCUGCACGAAGGCCUCAAGGCCACACCAGGAUGCAGCUCCCAGGGCCACGGAGCCCCACCGGCCAGGCGGCACCAAGCCCCCCACCGAGGGCUCCUCUCCGGGGCUGGAGGAGGGGGAGGACAAGCAGGUGUCAUCAGAGAGUGACCCCGAGGGGCCUAUUGCCGCCCAGAUGCUGUCCUUCGUCAUGGACGACCCUGACUUUGAGAGUGACUCAGAUGCUCAGCGGAGAGCGGGUGAGUUCCCGGUGCGAGAGGACCUCUCGGACGUGACGGACGAGGAAGCCGGCCCUGUCCAGCCGCCCCCACCCCCCAAACCCCCCGCCCCCUCCUUCAGACUGAAGAACGACUCGGAUCUCUUCGGGUUGGGGCUGGAGGACACAGGCCGCAAGGAGAGCAGCGAGGAAGGUAAGGAGGGCAAGCCUCCCUCGAAGGAGAAGAAAAAGAAGAAGAAGAAGGGCAGAGAGGAGGAAGAGAAGGCCGCGAAGAAGAAGAGCAGGCGUAAGAAGAGCAGGGACCAGGCGGAGGACAAGGGCCAGGAGGAGCGGCGGCGGCGGCGGGGCCCGGAGAGGACUGCGGUCCACGAGCUGGAGGCCUUCCUGGGGGGCGGGGCCCCGGGCGGCCACCUCCGCGGGGGCGGCGAUUACGAGGAGCUCUAGGCCUGGCCGCCACAGACCGCAGGGCACUCCGCGUGUGCUGGGGGCGCUGGGCCUGCCCUGCGGGGAGGGGCAGCAGGCUCUGCGGGCAGCCGGCCCCCAGCGCUUCUCAGGGAUGGGACUGAGGCCGAGGAAGCCCGUGAGGCUGUUUGCAGGGGUGGGGCGCUGUUCCCGUCGCCUGCCCGGCCCCCUGCUUGCCUUUGGCCCGCCGCACGCACUCACCCAGGCCUGCUGCAUGCAGCGGCCUCCGCUUCGGCUGCACCGGCGCUGCAGACCUCCGGUCCCCAGACCCUCGGGGCACCUGUGCGCAGAGGGCAGGCGGCGCUGGCGCCUCUCUGGGGGCAGCUCUUCCCAGGCACAGCAACCGGCUUUCACCUGCACCUGAGCUCGGGCGUGCGCAGGCCGAGCGGGGAGGCCCUCAACACUCAUGUCCUUUCGCUGUCCUUCCACACCACUCGGACCAUAAAGCUCUCCUGUCUUCGCA